GACACUGUUUCGAAAAGCAACUCAUUUUGUAAAUGUGUAUGUGGUGGUUCGUGUUAUCUAUCGUCCUGCUUACGAAUGCACCUGAUUAUUGUGCAUCAGUUGUUCUGAUUGCAAAUGAUACUAAUUUCAAUUCAUUAAUAUCUGGAUAUGAUAUAACAUUAUUGAAAUUCUCAGCAGAAUGGUGUUAUUAUAGCCAGCUGUUAGCACCAAUAUUUGAACAAGCCUCGGAAAAGGUUACCGAAUUGACAAAAAGUGGUAAAGUUGCUUUCAUCUCGAUCGAUUGUGAAAGUAAUCAAGAUAUAUGCACUAAAGAAUAUAUUCGUAAAUAUCCUACAAUAAAAAUUACAAAAUAUGGGAAAAUGUUAAAAAGUGAAUAUCGUAAUGAAAGAAGUGUGGAAGCAUUUGUGAAUUUUGUACAAGAUCAUUUAAAGUUUCCAGUUGAUAUUGUCGAUGGUAAUCAAUCUACACCGGAUAAAAUUGUCAAUAGUUGGAUAAAUAAAAGUGUUGAUACAAAAUGUAUAUUGGCUUUAGUUAAAAAUCUGAAUGCUCCUAAUACUCAUAUGAAUAUAUUCAAAAAAGUCGCUGCUAUUGAACAAAACUCAUGUAAAUUUUACAUAUAUCAUAAUUUAACAAUGAAUGAUGAACGACUUGCAGCAUACGAUAAUAUAGCUGGUAAAGUUAAAUCUGUCACUAUUUUGAAAAAUGCCGAUCUAACAGCAAUACAUAAUUGGGUAAAGAAUCAAUGCACUAGUCUAGUACGUGAAAUCACAUUUACUAAUGCAGAAGAAAUCACUGAAGAACGUUUACCAUUAAUGUUACUGUUUUAUAAUCCAGAGAAUAAAACAAUUGCUAAUCGUUAUGCUGAAUUUGUCAAUUCACAUUUAAGUCAGCAUCAGUCCACGAUUAAUUUUGUCACAGCGAAUGGGAUCACUUUCUCGCAUCCAUUAGCUCAUUUAGGCAAAUCGAAAGAAGAUUUACCAUUUAUUUGUUUAGAUUCAUUUGCACAUAUGUAUGUUUAUCCUGGAUCAUUGGAAAUGGCAUUAAAUGAUCCAAAACAUUUGGAUCAAUUUAUUGAAGAUUUAAAAUCUGGCAAAUUACACAUGGAAUAUCAUUAUGGAACAGAUAGUCAAACAACAACUACAUCUGCACAAACUGAAGAAGACGAUGAAUCAGACAAUACUACACCACAUGUUUCUGUAUUCCAACGUUUAAGUCCAUCAAGAAUGCGAUAUACAAUUAUACAUGAUGAAUUUUAACAAAAUGCAAACAUAUAUAAAUAUAUAUUUUUCUAUAUAGUCAGUCUACCACCAUCUUGUAAUUUUUUUUUCUAAAAUACACCCCCCUUUUUUUGGUACCAAAAAAAUAAAAAACACUACAGGAUUUGGAGGGAAAAAAAAAUCGUGAUUAAUAUUUUGUGUUCUGUUCUCACCAUAUAUAUAUAUAUACAUAUAUAUAUUUUUUUUUUUCUUUUCAUUGCAUAUGUUAUUUUCUGUACGAUGAGUUGUAUACUUUUUUUUUACUGGUAAAGGUUUAUAUGUAUGUAGGUCGGUAGGUAGGUUGAUGUAUUUUGUAUGCGUGUGUGUACACACUUGUUGAUGUGUAUGUACUAACUUCGAUAUCCGCCCUCUUCACUUCUAUUCUUUUUCGUUGUUGUAUAUUAAUUCUUUUUCUACUCAACUUAUAUAAUUUGAAUAAAUAAAUAAACUGAACCACUAACUCUACCUACCAAAACAGACGACGACGACUGACUAGGUAGGUAGGUGAUGAUGAUGACUGGAAAGAGUUCAUCGUUCCAUCUCGGUUAUGCUUGAAUCUCUCUCUCUCUUUUGCUUUUGAAAGCAUAUAUUGAUAUACUAUUUAUUAUUAUUAAUGCUCUUAGUAGUUGAAUUACUUUUUUAUUUUAAAAAUUGAUUAUUUGACUGUUUCACCAUCAUCAUCAUCAUGAUGUGUGUGUGUACUGUUCGUUUUUUAUUGAAAAGAUUCUUCUGUUGUUUUUUUCUGUAUUGUUUGUAUCAUUAAAAAAAUGAAUUAUUUGUCUUUCAUUGUUCCCUUAUUUCUUCUGCUCUUAUUGUUAUUAUUGUUACACUUUCAAAUGAUUCCACUUUUCUAUGCCGUAACAUGGUGUAAAAGUGUAGUCUCAAAAUCACUGUGAGUGUGUGUGUGUGCCGAUCCACACAUAACCGCUGUGUGUGUGUGUGAAUAAAUUGUAGUGCCUAUGGCCAAAGAAAGCAGAAAAGUGUAUAAAUUACAUAAUUUGGUGAAUGAAUGAAUGAAUGAAUGAAUGAUCAACAACAAUGAUUUAGAAAAGUUUGUAUAAUUUUUUUCAAAUAGUAGAUAGGUUUCCUUAAUUGUUGUAAUCUUAGAAAAUGGCUACUUUUUUAUAUAUAUAUUCCAUUUCAUGGUGAUGAAUUAAAGAUAUAAUUUUCCUUCCUGUUUUUGCUAGUUGGAUAUUGGGGUUGUUUUUUUUCAUGUCUUUUGUAACUGUUGUGUUUUUUGGAAUUCUAUUAUCUUAUCUUAUUAUCCUUAUCCAGUGUGUGUAUACACAAUGUCAUUAAAUAAAGAAAUUUGUAACAUUUG